AUGCUGAGCGCUCUUCUGCUUCUCCCGCCUGUUCUCGCAGGAUCAGGGUCAGGAACGCUUAUACCGCGAGCAUCGCCGUCCUCGGCAUCUAUAUCAUCGACCACUCCAUCAAUGUCAACCCUAGCUGCGACCUGCAAUAACCAUUCAGAGUACUGCACCCGGCCCUACUCAAACAUCACGUUCAUAGGCGCCCAUGACUCGCCCUUCGUCGGACCGUUACCACAGCAGAACCAAAACAUCGAUAUAAAAGCCCAACUCGACAUGGGAAUCCGAUACCUGCAAGGACAAACACACCGUUCCGUCAUUGACAACAGCGUUAUAGAGCUAUGCCAUACAUCAUGUCUACUCGAAGAUGCAGGACCUCUUGAAUCAUUCCUGACGACUGUUAAAGACUGGCUGGAUGCAAACCCAAACGAAGUCGUCACCCUUCUCUUGACGAACGGAGACUCCGUAUCAGCCACCGAAUUCGGAGACACUUUCUCCAGAAGCGGGAUAUCGAAAUAUGGCUACGUGCCCUCCAAAAGUCCAUUGCCAAUUGCAGACUGGCCCACACUGGGUGAUAUGAUCUCCAGCGGAAAGAGAUUGGUCGUAUUCCUGGACUACGGUGCUGACACUACAAAAGUGAACUACAUCCAAGAUGAGUUUGCUUACUACUUCGAGACAACCUACGGUGUUACGGACCCCAAUUUCCCGGAUUGCAGUAUCGAUCGGCCGUCUGGCGUUGCCGCUACGGGUCGUAUGGGCAUUGCCAAUCACUUCCUUAAUGUCGAGGUUUUUGGUAUAAAGGUUCCGGCCCGACAUCUGGCGGACACUACUAAUGCUGCGACGGGGCCUGGUAGUAUUGGUGCUCAGGCGGCGCUAUGUGCUGGGUUGCAUGGGCGUGUGCCUAAUGUGUUGCUGGCGGACUUUGUGGAUAAGGGGGAUGUUAUUACGGCACAGAAGAACUUGAACGGGUUAUAG